AUGUCGAAGACCGCCACAUACCCCGCCCUUUUAGGUGACGGACAAGGUCGAUACCGCGUCCACGUGGUCGGCAACAGUGGUUCUGGCAAGACUACAACAGGCAUCAAAAUAGCAAACAUCCUGGGGGUGCCACAUAUAUCUCUGGACCGCCUGUUCUGGCAACCAGGAUGGAAAGAAACGCCAAAGGAUGAGUUCGAGGAGAAAAUACGGGCGGCUUUGGGCCAAUGCGAACGGGGCUGGGUCGUUGAUGGCGAAUAUACUAGACAAGGAGGGCUAGUCGCUCAGGCGCAGGCUACGGACGUUAUCUGGGUUGACCCGCCUCUUUUAUUGUACUUCCCGCGGAUCAUCAUUCGCACUUUGUUGCGUCUUUUUAACAUAGGAGAUCCGUGCAGCCCAGGAUGCGGUGAAACCAUCCAGAGUGUGUUUUUCUCGAGUGACAGUAUCCUCUGGUGGUGCCUGAGUAACCACUGGGCGAACCGACGCAAGAAUAUAGCUAGGAUGGCCAAGAUCGGGCUUGUUGAGGGUACAGACAUUGAGCGCAGGCGGAUGCGGAGGAUCGGCGGGUGGGGAAGCGAGCUGAAGCGAUGGAUUGGCGAAGUUGAGAGGCUGGUGCAUGGGACGAAACAAAAGGUUCUGUAG